AUGACAGUAAUCGUAGCUGCCGCCGCCGCUGCUGGUUGUCGCAGUUCCAUAGAUUCUGACCCAACACCGCCAACGACAUUGUGGGCUAGUAAAUGCAAAGGUUCGCUUACUCGAUUUCUCAAGAAGAAUAACGAAAAUAUGGAAGUGACUGAAAACAAACCAAAUGUGGCCUCCAAAAAGACAUGCAUUUGUGCACCAACUAGCCAUGCUGGCUCAUUCAGAUGCCAUCUCCAUCGAACUACGGAGCAAAAGUCAGAGGAAAACCACGGUGACAAGGAUGGAAGUAGUGAAAGUCUUGAGUUCGUGAAGAUGACCGUGCAUCGCAAGUUAUCCUACAACAAACCUCAGUUAUCGAGGUUUGGCAGGGCUGCUGCUUUUAGCUGUUAA